CAGUACGGUAGUGUGGUGCAGCACAAAAAUGAAACMCUCAGUUUGUUUGUCAAAUCAACUCCCAAAGAAAGGAAUGCUUCAGUCGAUAUCUCUUAUUGAAGCGUUUGUCUUCGGCGCCUGAACUUUCAACUAGGAUGACUUUUACACGUGCUUUUCUCUUUUACAUCCAGCUUUUCGCUGUGGUCGUAGAAUCAUUUGUUGUGGUUCCUUCGUGGAACUCGGCWUCCCGACGACAGAUAUCCACAACGACGAAUUUGUCGGCUUAUACUCCUCCAAACGGCGGGUCCUCUCAGUAUUCUUCCUGGGGAGGAUCUCGAAGCAAUGGGUCUAGCGUCCCAUCAAAAACCGCAUGCGAGUCGGCUGUGAACAUUGAAUGGGAACCGAUGUCUGAGUUGGAACGGCGAAUCGAAGAUGGAAUUCAUUAUGAGCACAUACCAAAUUAUUAUCGCAACGAACAGCACAUGCCGGGUUGCCACCCCAAGGCAAAAAGAAUAAUUGAUGCAGAAGAAGAAGACGAUACACCAGGGGUCCGCGCGGUGUUUUGUGCCUAUCGCUACAGUGAGGAAGACUAUAAUCGCCUGAAGUCUGCAGAUGUAUGAUGACGAAUUCAUCGAUUUUUCCAAGAAAGCCAUCUCAUCACAAACAAGUUUAYCGUAGUCCAUUUUGUUUUUCGAGUGCGAAGAUGAAGAUUGAUGCGAAUAGACAAUGAUURGUUCC